AUGUCCACAUUCGACGAAGACGAGGCUCUUUUCGAAGACAUCUACGCUAGUGAUGAAGAUACAAAAACGGAGACGAAGCCAUCUGACGUUGCUCCAAAAGCAGAAGAGGCUAAAAGUCCAGCACCUCCAGCACCUGCUGCUCCUUCAGAGACACCAGCAGCCUCAGAACCUCAAGCACUGAACCCGGCUGACAAUGUACCCCAGGCCACCGAGCCCGCCGCUCCUCAGCAGAACGCAGCUCCGUUGGGCGAUCAAUCAUCAGCUUACCAACAGCAGCCAUAUGGUGGAUCCCUGGCUCCUCAGUUCAACCAGGACCAACAGGCGUCUCAACCCCAGUUCCAGCAGCCUCCUCCACCACCACCUCCACAACAAGAGCCAAGCAGGAUGCCUCCUUCCAACUUGGGUAGAGACAGUGGCAAGAUGUUCAUUGGUGGUCUCAAUUGGGACACUACGGAAGAUGGGUUGGUGAGCUACUUCUCGAAGUAUGGCGAGAUUUCGGACUAUACCAUCAUGAAGGACCCAAAUACUGGAAGAUCGCGUGGUUUUGGAUUUUUAACAUUCAAAGAUCCAAGGGCGGUAGAUGAAGUUAUUAGGAAGGAUCAUAUUUUGGACGGAAAGUUGAUUGAUCCUAAAAGAGCCAUUGCUAGAGAGGAACAAGACAAGGUUGGUAAGAUUUUUGUUGGAGGUAUAGAUCCACUUGUGAAUGAGAAAGACUUUAAUGACUUUUUCUCUGAAUUUGGUCGCAUUAUCGAUGCCCAGCUCAUGAUUGACAAGGAUACGGGUAGAUCCCGUGGUUUCGGUUUCAUCACAUUCGACUCACCUGAAGCAGUAGAUAGGGUUUGUGUUAACAAGUAUUUAACUUUAAAAGGCAAGGCAAUGGAGGUGAAGCGUGCCGAACCAAGAGGUCUGCAUCAACUGAAUCAGAACCAAGGUUACCAUCAACAACAACAGCAGCAACAACAACAGCAGCAACAACAGCAGCAACAGUUCAAUCCUUACAAUACAUAUGGUCAAUUUCCUAUGCAAUUACCAGGUGGAAAUAACAUGCCUAAUUUCCAGGGUGCUACCCCAGAAAUGAUGCAAGAGUAUUGGCAGAGAAUGCAAUGGUAUAUGUUCCAACAGCAGCAGGCCGCAGCUCAAGGCAAUGGCUACCAGCAAGAUCAGCCCGAGCAACAACCCUUGAACCCUCAACAGCAAGGUGCCGAGAACGAUGAUUCUAACAACGACCUGGGUGACACAGGUAACGCCAAUGAAAGCAGUGGUUGGGAGAGCAAUCGUGACAGCGGACGUGACAGCGGACGUGACAGUGGACGUGACAGCGGACGUGAUAACGGUGGACGUGAUAACGGUGGACGUGACAGAGGACGUAGAUAUCACGAACGUACACCACCUAGUGGCCCAAGUGGUGACAAUGGUGAAGGUCGCAGAAUGAACCUACCAAAGGGUCCUAAACUGGCAGAGGAAGAGGCGGCUACAGAAGCCGUGGUGGUUAUCACCCAUACGGAAAAAGAGGAAGAAGAUAAGCGGUGCUUAUUUUCAGACAUUUUGUAA